AGAUACUACACUUACUGCUUACUUAAUGUGUGACACGGGCCAAAUAAUGGCACACAUAUUCCCCCAUCACGGACGUAGCGGUGACAAGAAAAUUAAUCCUGAGACAAACAAAUUACCUGUGUUCCGAUAAACGUCGAUGAGAACUACAGCGAAGGAACACUGCGUUGGAUGAAGCUAAGAUGGACGCCAUCAUGAGGAACACUGGUUGCCAAUUCAUUCAAGUUUCUGCAAUACCCACUGCCGAUCGGCACAGACUUCCAAAGACCGUCGAAAGUCAAGGUGUUACUAAGAAAGGAGAGUCUGUGAUUCAAGCGCUCAGACCUGUGUAUCCUAUUGCACGCAUACUUGCGCUGCCCGAUAAUGACGAAAAGUUCGCUUGGAGAAACUGGAAAACAAUGUCAUGUUUGUUUUUGCUGGCCUGGGGUUUAUUUCUUAGUUUAGUAACUAUUAUAAAAGUUUCUGGCGAGUCAUUUUCAUAUUCCGCUGUUGGUCAGAUAACAUUUUACUGUAUCGUGACUGUAUAUCUAACUCUGUUCCUCAAGCUUUCGACAGAAUGGCCAGAUCUGAUGGAGGAGUGGUUGGAAGUGGAACAACAGAUGGUUGGGAUGCCAGGUGCAGUCAGGGCAUCUCGCAAGAUACGAGUUAUUUUCCUAUCCAUUUUCAUUUAUGCAAUUGUGGAACAUAUAUUAUGCCAGGUGUACAAUUUGGAAAGGGCACGAAUAUGUAAUGAAAAUGGUUUCGUGGAAAGAUUUUUUUUGGAGAGUUACGACAAUGUCUUCAGACAUGUCCGCUUCUCCAUGUGGUUGGGAUUCCUCCUGGCCACCAUGAAUUUCUUUCUGACCCUCGUCUGGACCUUCACGGACAUCUUUCUGAUCUGCGUGUGCGUCGCGCUCUCCGUGAGGUUCGAGCAGCUGAAAACGUCUCUUAAACGCAUCAUUGGUCAGGCAAGUCUGAGCAAAUAUUAA